AAAAGUACACUCUUUUGUUCAAACCUUUUUAUUUUUAUUUCGCACUAUACAUUCAGUUUAUUGGUUUGAGUUGGUAAUUUUAUUUUCGAUACGUUCAUAUGCAGCAAUGAGAAGAAUUAACGAUUUCAUUUGUAUCUAAAGUUUUUAAUUUACACGAUCUUUGCAAAAACAACGGAAGAAAGUUAAUUCUUCAGCAUAAAUUCGUCAAUAAUGAAUAAGCAUUGCGGGUACGGGAUCGAUGCUUUCAUGCAUUUUUAAAAGCCCGCCUGAUCGAAGGUUGUUCACCAGAGGUCGCUGUGGUACAGUCACGUGACGCCAAGUCGAUGGCGGGAAAAUCCGGGCAAUUUCAUACCAAAGUUAGGUUACAACACUUACACCGGAACAGCGUGUAAACACGAUUCUCCUGUUGUUAUGAUCAAUCGUACAGUGCUUUAAAACAACAGCAAUGGUUCAAGUCGAAGAAAAGUCUAACCACGAACAAAAGAAAUGUGUAUUCGAACGAGCAACAGUCAAGUACACCGAUCAAACAGAUAGAUUUUCGAAAGAAGGCGACAACUAUACGAAACAGUUUGCAAGUUUAUAUGUCAAGAGGCUUGAGGAAUUGUAUCCAAUAUUGAAAGAAAAACUUACAAAAAAAUGGGGAAAAGACGUACACCUGAUUCCAUUAUCGGACAUUGAAGAUCAACAUGGAAAACGAUGUGCCAUUAUUGGCACUCUGUACAAGCAUCAACCGAACAAACCAUCAAUUUUACAAGAACUCAGCGAAGAACAUCAAAUGACAGUACCUGUUCCAAAGCCUGACUAUUGCUCAGACGAGGAUCAGUUAUUUUUAGAAGACCAAACAUCUCGAAUUAGAUUAACUGGGGACAAAGUAAACGUCAGAGAAUCCGUCACUGGAGUAGUAUGUGCUGUCAUUGGAUCUGAGAAUCAAAAGAGUACCUUUGAAGUGGAAGAUUGGUGUUUUGCUGACUGUCCCAUUGGUAGAUCAGUUACAAUAAAAGACAAAGGAAAGUUAGUUUUCAUAUCUGGUCUGGAGCUUGCAUCAACUCCACAAAACCUUCCAUUGAACUUAUUAGUAGAAUGGUUGGGAGGAUUAGCAGGAGAUCCAGAACUGCAAGAGGAUGAAGCGUCUAUUGUCCGGGUUGUUAUAGCUGGUAACAGCAUAAAAGGAUGUGCGGAUCAACAUCUAAGUAAAGGUCUUCUUAGUGGAAAGGCUGAGGAUGCAGCUGCUGCAAAAGAUAUGGCUAAUGGAACACACAGACUCGAUACAUUUCUUGAAACCAUUGGUAGUAAUUGUUGUAUAACUCUAAUGCCAGGACAAUUUGACAAUACCACACUCAUGAUGCCUCAAAGGGCAAUGCAUCCUGCAUCAUUUCCAAACGCAAGAAAAUUAAAGAGUAUAAAGGGAGUGACAAAUCCAUGGGUAGGACAAGUAUCUGAAAGAGUGAUUGUUGGAACAAGUGGUCAACCUAUUCAAAAUAUCCAAAAAGUUUGUGGACUGGAUACUUUAGAAUCGAUCGAGUGGCUUGAAAGAUCUCUAGAAUGGAGGCAUAUGUGCCCAACAGCACCUGACACUAUUCCUUGCAUGCCGUUUUAUAAAAGCGAUCCUUUUGUUUUAAGAGAGUGCCCUGAUAUUUAUUUUUCUGGAAACAUGGAGAAAUUUGAAACCAAAUUAUAUAAAGGUAACAAUGGCCAAAAAGUUCGUCUUUUGUGUAUACCAAAGUUUGCGAAAACUCAAACUGCUGUACUUGUUGAUCUUCAAACAUUAGAUGCGAUACCAAUCUCAUUUGGGGCAGAAUAAUAUGUUAAUUAUUUCUUGUAAAGCUAGUUUUUAAGUUUUUUUUAUAUUUAUAAUAAAUCAUUUUUUUAAUAAACCCACAAUCAGCUGUUAAUAAAUUUACUCACAUAGAAAAA